AUUGGAUACAUGACUCAUUCUACUAUUUUAGACAUAUUUUUCCUAUUGAAAUUUAUUUGUCAUACAAACACACUCUAUUUUAGCCUCUGUGUUGAUUUUUUUUUCUGGUUCUUUUUUCCCUUGAAACAUGACAAAAGAAAUUUAUAUUCGACCAGUGACUCUUGAAGAUAUUCAAUACAAUGAAGUAGCAUUUCAAAUGAUCAAUGCUGCAUAUCGAUCUUCUGAAAGUUGGACAACAGAGAACCAUCUUGUAAGCAUCGAUCGCGUUCAAGUUGAAGACAUCCAAAACCUAAUAGAAAAAAGUGGGCAGCCUAAUGUCUUGUUAUACGCUUUUGAUGUCAACACCGUCAUUGGUUGUAUUUUGAUUCAACCUGAACAAAACGGAGAGGCACUCUUGUCGCUAUUGGCUGUCAGUCCUACUCACCAAUCAAGAGGAAUUGGUAAACAAUUGAUCGAAAAAGCUAUUGAAUAUGUUCAGACAAAUAUGCCAAAUAUAAACCAAGUCCGUGUUCAUGUUUUCGACUGUAGAAAGGAAUUAGUCAACUGGUACAUUCGUCUCGGCUUUGUCGACAAGAGAGAAUUAAUCCCAUUUCCAUAUAAGGAAAUUUUACUUGCAAAAGAGGCACCAUUACUCAUUCUAAGGAUGCCUGUCAUUUAAUUGGCCCUGACCUUCGAAUAAAAAUCUACUUGGCCCUUGCCUAUUUUAGUUUCAGUGCGUAAAGUCAUUCCUGCAGAUAUCAAGCAUGCUGAAGAAGCAACCAAAGUAGUAAAUGCUGC